UUUUGGCAAUGCUAUGGAUAGUUUCAGUGAGAGCCGAUAAUUUUGGUGGACUGAAGGUGGGCUUUUAUAGCCAAAGUUGUCCUCAAGCUGAAUCCAUUAUCAGCUCGGCAGUCUCAGAAGCUAUAAAAAGGGAUCCUAAAUUGGUUGGCGCACUUAUAAGAAUGCAUUUCCACGAUUGCUUUGUCAGGGGUUGCGAUGGAUCAAUCCUUUUGGAUUCCAUAGGUGCAAAUCUCGCAGAAAAAGCGUCACCUGCAAAUUCCCCAAGUCUACACGGGUUUCAAGUGAUCGAUGAAGCAAAAAAGAAACUGGAAGCUGCCUGUCCGCAAGUAGUGUCAUGUGCAGACAUAGUUGCAUUUGCAGCACGAGAUUCUUCAUAUGAGGCUGGCCAAUUUAGUUGGCAAGUCCAAGCCGGACGCAGAGACGGAAUGAUUUCUAAUAUAUCUGAUACUAAGAAUUUACCUCCUUCUACAUUCAACGUCACACAGUUGACAGCUUCGUUUAACAGUAAAGGCCUCACUCAAGAAGACAUGGUCAUUCUAUCAGGUGCUCAUUCCGUUGGUGUAUCGCAUUGUUCAUCAUUUAGUCCCAGGCUUUACAACUUCAGCAACACAGGAGCUGCAGACCCCUCACUGGACCCAAAACUGGUCAAGCACCUCAAGUAUGAAUGUCCACCGACACCGCCUGUUCACAGAACUGUCCCUAUGGAAAGCAUUACACCAACCAAGUUGGACAAUCUAUAUUACAGUGGGCUUCUCAAAAACAGGGGUCUGUUUACAUCUGAUCAAACUCUACUCACAAAUCCUGACACUCUAAAAGUGGUUAAGAUUAGUUCAAGCGACCCAUCAGUAUGGAAGGAAAAAUUUGCCAAAGCAAUGGUGAAGAUGGGCACCAUACAGGUACUCACUGGUUCUCAAGGUCAAAUCAGAAAAAACUGUCGACUGGUUAAUCGACAUUGAGAGAAGCUUUUUGCUUGCUAGUGAGUAUCAUCGUGUCUUGUGUAAGUGGGCUUGCUAUUGGGAUAUCAUUUAGUGAAUGAUUUUCAAUAAUGUCGUCGGUACGCUCCUCUACAAAUUUGCUAGGGAAGGGGAGAUUAGUGCAUCUAGAAUUCGUGCAUGAUUGGUCUUUUUGAUCGAAUAAGCACUUCAAAUAAUAGUUAUGGCUCGAUUGGGCAUAGCAUUCCUAAGUUUGGAAAACCACAAGGGGGAAUUGGAAUAGAUUAGAAAUUUGGAAUUCAUUAAGUUAAACCACUUAGCAUUGAAGGGAAUAACUAAAAUAAGAUA